GUAAUGAAAAGCGUUGACCUCUUGAUGACUUCUUUUCCCUGAGCUAAACCAAGUUUUCUCGUGAAAAAGUUUCAGGAAUCUUCCAAAGAUAUGGAAGAACCACGUCAACCAGAAUCUCUAUCCAGCUGCCGUAACGUUUCAGACGUCGCAUACUAUGUGAGGAACAAGGUCGAACUCUGUAUUCAAAACUACAUGAGCUUGGAAGUUACCUCCAAGUAUCUUGAGAAGACUUACCAGAUUAGUAAAAGUGUCACCCACAUUGUUUGGGAGCAGCUUCGAGAAGAGAAUCCAGUUUUCUUCAUUAACUUCGAGUUUCGAUGCCAAACGGUUCUUCAGAUGAGGUUGUUCAACGAUAUGCUGACUAAGCAAGCUGUUCGGAUGUUCGAGGAUGGGCUUAUUGAUAUUUGUGAUGCUUCACCUUCUGUUAAGGCUUUUCUUCGUCGACAACACCCUGAGAGAGUUCAUCUUAUGGAGACAUCAGCUUCCAAGACAAAGCUGAGUUCUGCAAGCUUAGCAAUGCCUAAUGCAAAUGGUCCAUCAGUUGCACAGUCUCAGAAUCCUUAUGAUCAGCACAAUCAAGUCCUUAAUCCUGCAAGCUUUGCAAUGCCUAUUCCAAGUGGUCCAUCAGCUGCUCAGUGGCAGAUUCCUAAUGAGCAGCUAUAUGAACACCUUUAUGCUUCAAGCUUACCACUGUCUGAUGCAAAUGGUCCAUCAGUGAGGCAGCUGCCUAUUCCUUAUGAGCAGCAAGAUCAGCACCUUUAUACUACAAACUUACCAUUGCCAUAUGCAAAUGGUCCAUCAGUGACGCAGUUGCCUGUUCCUUAUGAUCAGCAAGAGCAGCAAGACCAACACCUUUAUACUACAAACUUACCAUUCCCAUAUGCAAAUGGUCCAUCAGUGACGCAGCUGCCGAUUCCUAAUAAUCAGCAAGAUCAACACCUUUAUACUACAAGUUUACCAUUACCAGUUCCAUCAAUGACGCAGCUGCCUAUUCCCAAUAAUCAGCAAAAUCAACCUCAUCAGGAUCCAAGCUCUGCAUAUAAUGGUCAUAUUUGUAACUCUCUUGGAGAUCCAGCCUUUGAACCAGCAGAUACUGAGGAUUGGAUGCUACUUCUUGAUCCUAAAUUUGCCGACCUUGGAGUUCUACCACCAUUCCCACCAGAAGAUACUACUAAUCCAUGGCCUUCUUCAUCUGAUGAUCUUCCCUAUACUGAUCCUAUGCCAGAAGACUUCUCCGCGUUUGAGCUUGGAGGCGAUAUAUUAGAAGGAAUGCAUCCCAAUGAACGGCAACAACACCUAAACGGACAGUACCAACCCCAUUGGCAGCAACAAAACCUCCAAGUAGAAGGAAGCAACGGGUUGGCAAAUGGAGAAAUCACUGAUGAACUGUUAUGUAAUAACUUUGACAUAACCCAAUCAAUGCAAAUGGAUACAAUCGUUCACCAGCAACAAGCAGGAGGAGUAAACCCUCACCAUCUUGAGUCUGAAGCUUUGAACAAUCGAGAUAGUGAAGCAACACUAGUAAUGCAGCCCAGUGAACAGCCACAACACCAAAACGGACAUUACCAGCCGCAACAAAACGUCCCAGUAGAAACGGUGCAAUAUGGAGGAAGAAGCAACGGGGUGGUGAAUGGUGAAAGCAGUGACCAGCAGUUCUGUAAUAACUUUGACAAAAACCAUUCAAAGAGAAUGUUGUGUACAAGCGUUGUUGAUGAGCAACAAGUAGGAAGAGUCAAACGUCAUCAACCUGAGUCUGAAGCCUUGAACAAUCCUAAUAAUGGUGAUGGGACACAAACAAACCAGCAAAGAUCUCCAGAGGUAAGAGCAACGUCAAGGUCCCUGAAAGAGUGGGGAGCAAUAUGAGAGGGAACAGUAGUGUUCUUCUUCUUGUUUUGUCAAUUGAAUACUCUCCAUUAGAUUUAGAUGAGCUUUCUUCUUCUUCCUGUAAGUUUAGACCCACAAGACUUUUAGGAGAUUUAUUGAUAAACUCUUUCCAAGUUAAAAGCUAAGACCAGAUUCAAAACUAAUGCAAAGAUUGGAUCUUUCGAGACACUAAGUAACUCAAAAUUAAUCAAAACUGAAAGCAACUCAGAAACGUUGAGAAUCUCUAAGAGAAGCAGUAGAGAACGAACCUCAAUGCAGCCGCCAAGCACAAGCACAAGCACGAGAUCAUGUAUGCAUCUGAUAAGCUGUGAAGAAGACUUUAUCAGUAAGAAUAGUUAUGUUUUGUCCCACAUCGGGGAAAUAAAACUAUUCUUUGUAGUAUAUAAUAAAGAAAGUAACACUUUAAGCACGUCGAGUUCAGUAACGCGGGCUUGUGAUCCAUGUGGAGACUAUGAAGUGAUGGGACGUUGGGUCGAUCUCAUUGGGCCGGGUUCGGGUUGGGCUUUAUUCUGGCCUGCCCAUACCAAGUUGGGAGUCGAGGCAUGGUUCUUGAGCGAAGGCUCGGGAGUUGUGUUUCUUAGAGUGGGGGAGACUGCGUGAGGCUGGUUUCACAGAACAGCGUUUCACCUCCCUCUCUUGACGGUGGAAGGAUAACGGGCCAUUGCCUUCCGAGCCCACUAUGACCCAAUAAGCCGUUUCCGAUUGAACCAUCACUUUUU